AUGUACAACACUGGUGGAGAGCUGCUAUUCACAUGUUCCAGAUUUUCAAAUGUGAGUCUGACGACUAAAUACGUAGACUGUCACGUGUACUUCAUGCGACAUUCCUGCCUUGGUAUGAUAGCAAGGCAGAAAAAUUUUGCAUCGAUCAAGGCGGACUUUGUCCCAUAUUUGUUAGCUCAACAAUAUACAUUGUCCAAUGGAGACUUGGAAGAGCCAAAAUGCAUGGCUUACCUACUUCCACAUGGUAAUGCCACUGUCUCAGCACAUGCAAAUAACUUAGGGGCCUAUUUUGAAGUGAACAAAUCAAUCCUCAAAUGUUUACCUCGGAUAUCAUCCAAAUUAUACACCGGUCAAAUUUUCGAUGGCAGAUCUACUGGGAUUCAUACUAAUGAAAGUCUUGUGGCCGAGGACGCAAAGGUUGCUGAGCGUUCUCUGGUUAAGCGUAGCAUUAUCGGGUCGCGAUGCACCAUUGGAGAGAAGGCGAACAUCCAAGGCAGCGUCAUCAUGGAAGGAGCGUCAGUCGGCAAAGGCGCAAAAGUGUCGCAAAGUAUAAUUUGUCCCGGUGCAAUCGUCGGCGAUAACGCAGAACUCACCAGUGUCAUUGUUGCCAAGGAUCAAAAAGUCAAUGCAAGCGCCAAGAUACAGAAUGAGCUUAUUGACAUGGAUGACGAGGACAAUGCGUGGGAAAAUGGUCUUUGA